AGUGAAAAAAGUGAAAAAAUGAAGGAAAAAAUGGUGCACGCAGAAGGCAGCGAGAAGGAGAGAGAGCUUUCAGCAGAUGAUUUAGGGCUGUGUAAGGAGUUGCUGUUGAAAUUGAAGAAAAGUCCGCAUGCAGGCCCAUUCUUAUAUCCAGUGGAUCCACAGGUGCUAAACAUCCCAGACUACUAUGAGAAAAUAAAGCAGCCAAUGGACUUAUCCACGAUCUCAAAGAAUCUGGAAACAGGAAUAUACAAAAGCACAGAGGACAUAAAGGCGGAUAUCGAGCUAAUGCUGCAGAACUGCUACACAUACAACCAGCCGGACACUGCGGUGUCUAAGAUGGGCCAAGCCUUGGAGAAGUAUUUUAAGCAAUUGCUGCAGAAGGGAGCACUCGACAAAAAAAGAAAAGCUGAGGAAGAAAGAAACGAGAGAGAAAAAAGAGAAAGAUCCGGUCAGUAAUGACAGAUGAGGAGUACACAAAGUGUUUAGACGCGCUUAAUGAAAUAGUGAAAGCAAAGUAUCGAAGAAUUAACUGGCCAUUUUUAGAGCCAGUGGAUGAGACACUUGUUCCAAACUACUACACUCUAAUAACAUAUCCAAUGGAUUUGGGAACUAUGCGAACAAAACUAACAACACAUCAGUAUGCAGGGGUAGAUGAGUUUAUGAACGAUUUUGACGCAAUGAUAAGCAACUGCUAUUCAUUUAAUGCAGAGGGAACAGAUGUAUACGUGUGUGCUACAAAGAUAAACACGCAAUUUAAGCAAAUAUUUGAACAGAAAAAGAAGAAGCCAGAGGAUUCAGCAAGCAGAAUAGCAGUACUCCGAGGGCUAAUUACACAGUAUGAAACAGAGCUUAGAAAGCUGGAAGAGAAGGCGGGGACAGAAACCAUAGAGUAUGGGUAUGAAGAGAAGCUAAAAUUAAAACGAAGAAUUGAGUCUCUGGCCCCAUCAAAAUUACGCCCGCUGAUUGUUUAUAUCCAGGAGAACAUUCCACAUGUUAUGCUAGAUGAAAUGGAAUCGCUUGAAGUAAAUCUAGACGCCUUGGAUCAGAAAUCUCUUCGCGGGCUCAGCAAUAUAGUAAGAGAGGCAUAUGUAGAAGAACAAAGAGUAGAGAGUGAUUCAAGCAGUGAAUAAGUUAAUUAAAUGCAAGAAGAAUCUUCCUUGGCAGGCUGGUAGAGAGUAAGCAUCUUAUUACAAAGUUUCUAUUAUGCUAUUAUGGAGUUGAUUGUGGCUUUCUAGAUGAAUGCUUGUACACACUAGUGAGAUUUGUGUGUUAUUAUUCUUAUCUUUAAGCAUGCAGUCUAAUAAAUCAAGGGACUGCGCGUUGUAAUACUCUAUUUGAGCAUUACUGCCUGUGUAUUCAGAAAAUAGGCGCUGCUAUUACAAAGAUUAAGUAGAGUGUAGCGCAUGGUAGUAUAUAUUAUAUGUAAAAUAUCCAGAAAUAGCAUAGAAAAGACAGCUCUUCUAUUCAAUGGCUAGAUAUAGCUCAAGAUACACCAAACACACUCAAAACACUUCCAUGCUGGCAUAAUAACCAGUUCAUAAUAAUGCUUUACACUAUAUUUCUCCUGUGCCAAACUGUCUCAUCUAACAAAUAAUGUAUACUAUUUCUAGUUACAAAGCUGGAUAUAUUAUGGUUAACUUAGAAUAAAGUAAU